AUGUCCGCACAGUUGAACCAGAUUUGUAAUCCAACUUCCAUUCCCAACAAUACCUAUGACACUUAUGAGACUGUUAAGUACGCAGUUAUUGGAUUGGCCUCUUGUAUUCCAGUUUAUGGUACACCUAUUGCUGCCGCAUUGUGGUUCAUCACCACUGCAGUGGAGGGCUUCAUCUCAAAGGACUCUGACCUCAACAACUACAUAUCAAUGUGCAAGUUGAUUGACAACAAGAUUGCUGACUAUGAUUAUAGUGGCCUGUUGGUCGAGCUCAAGAACUGUGCCGACCGUCUCAACGACUAUGUCGUCGCCUACAACAAUUGGAAGGCCACACCCAAUGUCACCAUGCAGAACACUCUGUUGGGCGCGUUGACCAAUGCUCGCAACCAGUUCUCCACAUCCAUCAACCACGCCAGACGUCCAGGCUACGAGUUCCAAGAGUUGAUGAUCUUCUCAAUGAUGGCCACCAUGAACUUGAUGUUGAUCCGUGAGGCCAUCACAGUUGGACCAACAUACGGCAAGCCAGCCGUUGAGAUCAAGCAGGACUCUGCCACGUUGACCGCGCUGAUCAAGGAGUACUCGGCCUACGCCAAGCUGACCUACAACAAUGGCAUUGCCAAGCUCAAGACCCAGACACCCAACGACAGCAACUUGUGGAACAACAUCAACACUACCCGCAACAUGAUGAUCAUCGGUGUGUUUGAUUAUGUCAAUGUAUGGUGGACCCUGGACCUGGCCCUCUUCCCCAAGGGUGGACCAAUCCAAGAGCGUGUGCGCUAUCUCUACACUCAACUAUGCGGCCAUCCACUAAAGAAGGACUGGUCCUCAGUGACUGUGCAAGACAUCGACCCGUUCUUUUCCAAGUUCGUGGCUGGCGCCAACGACAACUGGAACUACCAACAGUACCAGGGCGAGUUGAAGGAGUUCCAGAGCAACUGGAACCAAGACAUGCGGGCGUUCAUAGACGCCCAGCCAGUCUUCUACGACUAUGAAAAGGGUACACGUGCCGGCCACAGGGUCACAGCCGUGAGCGGUCAGCCACUCACUCGCCAAAUCUUCAAUGUGGAGACCGACACUCACUCUGGCGCACAGAUCAACUACGCCCGCAACCCUCAACUUAUCGUCUUCCCAAUCAUUGCUACCGGCACAUAUGGCGACGGCUCUGACCCCAAGCCCCAUCCAAUGUUCACCUUUAGGAAGGAUUACCUUGCUUUCAACGGCCACAAGAUCGCCAACUUGGUGCCAGUUGGCAUCAACAUCCUCGACAAAGACCCAUUCCCACCCUUCUCCCCUCUCCAGCCACCACACAUCGCCGCAUUCAGCAUGGGCUUCCUGCCAACGGAUGUCUUCCACCAGAACGUCGUGUUUGUCGACAAGACAACAUGCAUUGACGCCCAAAAGUACAUCCAUCAGACUGGCAACGUCGACUUCAUGCCCGACUACUUCAACAUUGGUUACCACGCCAUGCGUCUGCCACCCGCCGGCUCAUUCAAAUUCCGCUUUGACCUCAGCAACACUGGUGUUGGCGCCAAGAAGUUCCAGAUCUGGAUGUUUGUCUCGUGUCCCAAUGAGAAGUCGAUGGCCACGCCCAGCGGCACACUCCAAUUCCUCCAGGGUGCCAAUGUCGUUGCCAAGUUCAACUGGACUGGUGUUCCAAGCUCCCAGAUCGUCAAUGAUCCAGCCUGUAUUCUAACCCUCCAGCCCAAUGGUGACUCCAACAUCUUUGAGAUCAAGUAUCUAUUUGGUCAGAACAAAUUGUACAUCAAGUCCAUCCUGUUUGUACCAACUGCAUAA